GUACAUUAAAGUAGGUGGAGAGCUGGAUCGGAGAAAGAAGAGAGGAGAAAUAAAGAGGAGAAAAUGAGUGGCAGUGCAGCAGCAGUACACAACGUAUUCGUAUAUGGAAGCCUAUUAGCCGAUGAUGUAGUACGCGUCCUCUUGAAUCGGAUCCCCCCUUCCUCAGCUGCUCUUCUUACUGGAUUCCACAGAUUUAGCAUUAAAGGACGCGUUUAUCCGGCUAUUCUCCCCGUCCAAAAUGAUCAAGUUAUUGGCAAGGUUUUGUUGGGAAUCACGGAUACUGAAUUGCACAUUCUGGAUGAAUUUGAGGAUGUUGAGUACCAAAAGACCCAAGUUGAGGUCUCUUUGCUGGAAAGUUCUGACAAGUUAAAAGCUCAUGCUUAUGUCUGGAACAACGCAAAUGAUCCCAACUUGUUUGGAGAUUGGAAUUUUGAGGAAUGGGCACGAGUUCAUAAGGAAAGUUUUAUCAAGAUGACCACUGGAUUUAUGGAAGAACUGGAGCUGCCUGAACCAAAGCCAAGAGUAACCACAUAUGAAUCAUUCUAUCAGCAAGAUGCUGGAAAGUGAUCGUGUUUGCCUUUUCCAAAUGUAUAUUCUCAACAAUGAUGCUCUAUUAUCGUUGAUCACUGUUGGUUAUUAGUUUGUUUUGCUUUUGAAUGAAUAAAUUACCGCAUGCAGAUUGUUUUU